AUGGUCAAGACGGGCUUCGACCCGGCCACCUACCGGCUCAACCUGCACCUCCACUCGCUCAUCUCCUCCGGCCGCCUCGCGCAGGCCCGCGACCUGUUCGACCGAAUGGCGCCGCACCGGAGCAACGCCUUCUCCCUCAACCGCAUGCUCUCCGGCUACGCCCGGUUCGGCCAGGCCUCCGCCGCGCACAGCCUCUUCCUCUCCUCCCCGCCCCGCCUCCGCGACGCCGUCACCUGGACCGUCAUGAUGGGCGCGCUCGCCGCCGCCCCCGGCCGCGCCGCCGACGCCGUGGCCCUCUUCCGCGACAUGCUCCGGGAGGGCGUCGCCCCGGACCGCGUCGCCGUCUCCACCGUCCUCAACGUGCCCGCCGACUCCACCACCACCGCGUCGCUCCACCCCUUGGCCGUCAAGCUCGGCCUCCUCCGCUCCAGCGUGGUCGUCUGCAACACGCUGCUCGACGCCUACUGCAAGCACGGCCUCCUCUCCGCCGGCCGGAGGGUGUUCCGGGAGACGCCGCACAGGGACGCCAUCACCUACAAUGCCAUCAUCAUGGGGUGCUCCAAGGAGGGCCUCCAUGGGGAGGCGCUGGACCUGUUUGCCGACAUGCGCCGCGCGGGCCUCGGCGCCACCCAGUUCACCUUCUCCAGCGUACUCACCGUGGCUACGGGCACCGGCGAUCUCUGCCUCGGCCGCCAGGUCCACGGCCUCGUCGCCAGAUCUAUCUCCGCGUGCAACGUGUUCGUCAACAACUCGUUGCUGGACCUGUACUCCAAAUGUGACUGCCUCGACGAGAUGGAGAAGCUGUUCGAGGAGAUGCCGGAGCGCGACAACGUCUCGUACAAUGUCAUGAUUGCUGGCUAUGCUUGGAGCAGGUGCGCUGCCACCGUGCUGCGGCUGUUCAGGGAGAUGCAGCUGCUCGGUUUCGACAGGCAGGCCUUGCCUUAUGCUACUUUGCUGAGCGUGGCUGGCUCACUGCCUCACAUUGGGAUUGGGAAGCAGAUACACGCUCAGCUGGUCCUCCUUGGCAUUUCUUCAGAGGAUCUCGUCGGCAACGCUCUGAUCGACAUGUACUCGAAAUGCGGCAUGCUGGAUGCGGCAAAGGCCAAUUUUGCCCACAAAAAUGACAAGACUGGCGUCUCGUGGACAGCGAUGAUAACUGGCCAUGUCCAGAAUGGGCAGCAGGAAGAAGCUCUGCAGCUGUUCUGUGACAUGAGAAGAGCUGGUCUGAGCCCAGACAGGGCGACGUUUUCAAGCAUCAUCAAGGCUUCCUCGAGCCUUGCAAUGAUCGGGUUAGGCAGGCAAUUGCAUUCCUAUCUCAUAAGAUCAGGCCACAUGUCCAGCGUGUUCUCGGGAAGUGCCCUUCUUGACAUGUAUGCAAAGUGUGGCUGUUUGGAAGAGGCGCUCCAGACAUUUGAUGAGAUGCCUGAGAGGAAUUCCAUCUCGUGGAAUGCUGUUAUUUCAGCCUACGCGCACUAUGGGCAGGCAAAGAAUGCCAUCAAGAUGUUUGAAGGUAUGCUUCGCUAUGGGUUUAAACCGGAUUCAGUCACCUUCUUGAGUGUACUGUCAGCAUGCAGUCACAACGGUCUUGCAGAAGAAUGUAUGAAAUACUUUGAAUUGAUGAAGCAUGAGUAUGACAUGUCCCCCUGGAAGGAACACUAUUCGUGUGUUGUCGAUACAUUAGGUCGGGUGGGACAUUUCGAUAAAGUUCAGAAAAUGUUGAGUGAGAUGCCAUUCGAAGAUGAUCCGAUCAUUUGGAGCUCUAUUCUUCACUCGUGUAGGAUCCAUGGAAACCAGGAUUUAGCUAGAGUUGCAGCUGAGAAAUUGUUCAGCAUGGGGCCCACAGACGCGACACCGUACGUUAUACUGUCCAACAUAUAUGCGAAAGCUGGUAAAUGGGAAGAUGCUGCACGUGUGAAGAAGACCAUGAGAGAUCGAGGACUUAGGAAAGAGUCGGGUUACAGUUGGGUUGAAUUCAAACAAAAAAUCUACAGCUUUUCUUCGAAUGACCAAACCAACCCAAUGAUAGCUGAGAUUAAGGACGAGCUAGAGAGGUUGUACAAAGAGAUGGAUAAACAAGGAUAUAAGCCUGACACUAGCUGUGCCUUGCAUCAAGUGGAUGAUGACCUAAAGUUGGAGUCACUGAAAUACCAUAGUGAGAGAUUGGCCAUUGCGUUUGCUCUGAUCAACACCCCACCAGGGACGCCAAUUAGAGUUAUGAAGAAUCUAUCUGCCUGCCUAGACUGCCAUGCUGCCAUCAAGAUGAUGUCGAAGAUUGUGAACAGAGACAUCAUUGUAAGAGAUUCAAGCAGAUUCCACCAUUUCAAGGAUGGAGUUUGUUCUUGUGGGGACUAUUGGUAG